AUGGCGGAGCACCAAGAAGAUAUCGCCGACCGCACGACCACAACGGUAGUCGGCGAGAAGGGUGAAGAGCAGUAUGUUUCAGGAAGCGAUAUUUUGAAAGGUGCCCAAAGAGCCACCAAGGAGGAACAUGAAAUGAGUUUGCGUGAAGGUAUCCGCAAAUAUCCCAGAGCAGUGUUCUGGUCCAUUUGGUUCAGCUCGGCCCUGAUUAUGGAGGGAUUAGACCACGCGUUCGUCAGUGGAUUCUUCGCUUUUCCCGCCUUCCAAAAACGAUACGGAGAGCUUCAGAGUGAUGGAUCAUACCAGGUACCAGCCAACCUUCAGUCGGCCGUGGGCAAUGGAGUCAAUGCCGGCGAGAUUAUUGGUUUACUCCUCAAUGGAAUUUUGGCGGACGCCAUCGGAUAUCGCUAUGUUAUGAUAGGCUGUCUCUUUCUCAUGAUGGCUUUCGUUUUCCUGCAAUUCUUCGCCACAAGCAUCUACAUGUACUUGGGAGCUGAAAUUCUCCUGGGGAUUCCGUGGGGUGUCUUCCAGACCCUGACGACUACAUACGCUGCCGAGGUCUGCCCGAACGUUCUGCGUCCUUAUCUCACUAUGCUGGUAUCUUUGUGUUGGAGUAUUGGCUAUCUGCUCGGUACCGGUGUUCUUCGUGCCUUUUUGUCAUCGGAUGGCCAGUGGGCCUAUCGAAUUCCAUUUGCCUUGCAGUGGGCACUACCAAUUCCUCUCGCCAUCGGUAUUUUCCUUGCACCAGAAUCACCAUGGUGGCUUGUCCGCAAAGGGCGCAUUUCAGAUACUGCAAAGGUGCUGCAACGAUUACGGUCCAAGGAUAGCUCCGAAGAUGAGAUUGCCGACACCGUCGCCAUGAUGGAGCAAACAGUCAAGAUUGAGAACGAGAUGAAAACCUCCAGCAGCUACUGGGACUUGUUCAAAGGCGUCAACCUGCGUCGAACAGAGAUUGCUGUUUUCACCUACCUUAUCCAGGAACUUUGUGCUCCUCUCGUUGCCUUCAUCGUUUAUUUUCUGGAGCAAGCGGGUCUUCCAUCAGCAGCUUCGUUCGACUUCGGUAUGGGGGAGUAUGCACUGGCAGUCGUUGGUGUUUUUGUCGCUUGGUACUUGGUUCCCAAAGUAGGUCGUCGCACUUUGUUGCUCAACGGCACGGCAUUCAUGACUGUCACGACAUUUAUCAUUGGCUUUAUGGGAAUCCCAAGUAUAGCCACGCAUCCAAACAUUGGAUACGGAAUUGGUAGCAUACUGUUGGUUGAAUAUUUUGUCUUCUUCAUCACAAUCGGUCCAAUCAUCUACACUAUCGUCACCGAGAUCCCUUCAAACUAUCUUCGCAACAAAAGCGUUGUGCUCGCUCGCGCAGUUUACAACGUGGCCGUUCUCGUGUAUGGUCAACUGGUCCCGCAUAUGAUGCAAAAGGAGUCUUGGAACUGGGGAGCCAAGUCUGGUUUCUUCUAUGGCGGUAUUAUGGGGCUAGGUCUGAUCUGGGCAUACUUCCGUCUUCCUGAGACCAAGAACCGGACCUUUGCUGAAAUGGAUAUUUUGUUCAAGAAUGAGGUAAAGGCUCGCGAUUUUGAAAAGGCCAAGGUUGAUAUUGGCACUGAGUCUGUUUUCCCAGAAUGA